AUGACGUACUCUCCGUUGGAGCCGACGAGCCGAACGGGCGCGGCCGCCUUCCUCCUCGUGUACUGCACACUGUUCUUGGACAACGUUUUACUCACCGCACUCGUGCCGAUCCUGCCGGAGUGGAGCGGGGCGACGGCGGCGCCCGCCAUGCUGCGUAACGGCUCGACGCUCUCGCUGGCCGGCGAAGUCGGCAGUGAGGCGGCGGCGGCGGGUGCCGUGUUAGGCGCACGCUCCGCCGCUCAACUGGCCUGCGCACCCUUGGCAGCCACCCUGACGACGCGCGUUGGGCCCGCCCCUACGCUGCGUCUAGCAGUGCUGCUGCUACUCGCAGCCGCGACGUGGCUGUCUUGGUGCGGCAGCAGCGUGUGCGCGGCGGGUGGAGCGGCGUGCUUGUGGUGCGGCGCCGCGGGGCGCGUGCUGCAAGGGUCGGGCGGUGCGCUCGGUGGCGUAGCCGGGAUGGCGUUGGUGUCUCGAGCGGUAUCACCGUCGCGACAACAACAAGCUCUCGGCGCGUCGCUCGGUGCCGUCGCUCUAGGUGUGCUCGUGGGAUAUCCGCUGGGCGGCGCGACGGCCGCUCUGUGGAGUUCGGCAGCGCCGUUCCACCUUGUUGCCGGCGCGCUGCUCGUGAACUUCGGAUUGCAAUACGCCUACUUGAAGAAACCCGAAUACGAUAAGCCAGCCGUCGACGAGCCUCGGAGUACGGCGUGGAGAGACUGCGCGCAAGGCGUGUGGAACGAGUGCGGAGCGGGUGCGGGUGCGGUGUUCCUGAGCACCUCCGUCAUGGCGGCUCUCGAACCCUGUUUGCCGCUGUGGCUGGAGCGUCGCUUCGGUGCCCAGCGUUGGGAGCUAGGUGUGGUUUUCCUGCCGGAUAGUGUGGCGUACCUGGCAGCGACGAGCGUCGCGGCGGCGCUGUGCGGCGGACGCGGGCUGCGGGCGCAGCGGGUUGCGCUGACGGGGCUUUGCAGCGUGGCGCUAGGCGGCGUGCUUGUGGCACGCGCGUCUUCUUUGGGGGCUCUGGCCAUAGCGCAAGCCGGCGUAGGCGCGGGCGUCGGUGCGUUAGACGCGGCCCUGGUGCCCGCGUUACUGGCACGUGCCGACAGUCUGCCGCACGCCGCCGCGCUUCUGCAGGCCGCCGCCAGCGCCGCCUACGCCGUGGGGCCCGUGGCAGCUGGAGCCGUUUGGUGGGCGGCGGGCUUCGGCGCCACUCUGCGGGCGUUGGCCGUCGCCAACCUACUGUACGCGGCGCUGCUCUACCGCCACUUCCAUGAACGUCCCCUUCCCGAUCAGCGCGGGAGCGAAGACGGGAAGGACGCAAGAGGCUCCGGGUCGGAACUGUUGCCAUUGUCGUCCCCCUCGCCCUGA